UAAUGUGUUCUCUGUCCUUGAUCUGCGUCCACGUAUUGAUAUUGGUGAUAACCUUUCUACACGUGAAAAGUUUCACCCUUCGCUCUCCACAAAUACCCGGCAUGCAUUGCGGCUUCCGACUUCCCGUUCCGCCUCGGCUAUGUUCCAGUAUUUUGUGAAAAUAGUUCCCACAACAUAUGUGAAGGUGGGGGGACAGGUCCUCACCACCAAUCAAUACUCUGUGACCAAGCAUUCCAAGACGAUCAGUAAAGGACUGGGGGAGACGGGAUUGCCAGGUGUCUUCUUCAUGUAUGAGUUGUCACCCAUGAUGGUGAAAUAUACAGAAAAACAAAGAUCUUUUAUGCAUUUUCUUACGAGUGUGUGCGCAAUAAUAGGGGGCAUAUUUACAGUCGCGGGACUUAUAGACUCAAUGAUCUAUCACUCUGCUAAAGCAAUUCAACAGAAGAUUGACUUGGGCAAAGCAUCAUGAUAAAAUAUCAAGAUAGCACACUAGCACAAAUCAUAUAAAAUAUUUUUUUUUAUAAUUAUGAAUUCAGAAGUGAAUAUAGUGUAUUGUCCACAAAGAUAUGGCCCCUUCUCUAAGUCCACUUAUGAAUUUGGUGGCGAAAAUUAGCCGCUGUAAAAUUGUUUGUUUGGAUUGUUGCUCUUGUAGUUCACCAAGGAGAAUUUAGCAAUAUUUUUUCUGCAAAGCAUUUAGAAGUGAAUCUUUAAGUUGUUUAAUAUCUACUAUUUUGGAGUAAUAAUGGAGAAGUCUGAAAGUUAUUCCACCUUCUUGUGCUUCAUUUAAUUUAUUUUUUUUUUCUUUUCGUUCUUUGUAUUUUUGUCUGUUAGAUAUAAUGUAGAUAUACUAUUAUUAUUAUUAUUAUGAGGUUAUUAAGGUUCCUUAUUAGAAUUCUAUGAAGGGUGUUUGUAAUACCAAAGUGUGUGCAGUUUUUCUUCCAACAGCUCACUUCCUUUGAAUUGAUUAGACAUUAGUAGAACAGCAUGUUCCAGGAUUUUUUUAUUUGCCCUUGUUAAGUUUGCUUAGAGAAACAUGGGAAGCUUUGUCAGUUGCAGUUUUUUUAUAUCUUUGGUCUUUCUGCUGAUAGCUUAUGCAAUGUAUUAUAAUUGAGUUACAAUUGAGCAUUUUUAUGGUAAAUCAUUGUUAUCAGGGGCGGAUUUAGACCGUCUUCUGGGUCUUCCGGAAGACGGUCAGAUUUUUAAGUUUACA